GCUUUCAUAGGAGAUCAAUGUGUAUCGUCUCGGAAACCCAUUUAGCAUGGGAUACUUUAGACUUCGGAAUGUUGGUUCGGUGUUUCGGGGGCCAACAACUUCUACAUUGAAAUGUCAGGGCCAGCAAUAUCGUUUCCAUAACUUGCGCCUCACAGGGAACGUGUUGUUUGGGAAGAUUAUUUGCGACGUUACGUACAGUUUGUGCACAACGAAGCGUGUUCUGCAUUGUUAGUUAGUCUAGUUUCUUCUUUGCAACGAAUCCCCGAUGCACACAGUUCUCAGUGUGUGAGUGACACUCGUAGCGAUCUCUUGGGACGAUGAGGAGGAGCAACCUGCUGCUGAAGCUUCACCCGAUCAAUCCUCCUUUUGGCAAUGUGGAGUGCUACGGAAUAGUUUAGUACAUGAAAGUACUUGCUCGCAGUGACUUAUCCAUGUGCUGUGCACUCUGGCGUUGACGAACUGCCCCGCUUCACGUUCACACGUGUGAAUGCGUAUUGUACCUCCUCGUCUUUAGCAAACCUUCCAUCGUUGACAGUGUGAUACGUUUAUUUUGUCGCAGAGGCAUCUCAGGAACAUUUGGAGAAACAUCAAGAGUGCGUGUGGGAUCAAAUACCAGCAAUGGUGAAGAUGGAGUCGAACUGCCGGCUACGGCGAUCCCUCAGCUCGGUCUCCAACUUCAACCUCCUAAUGCUAGUUCUGUUACUACUUAGACCAUCCGAAGUGUAUGCUUUUUCUUUUAAAAGGGCUGCAGUGGUAGCUGCAGCUCCUGUCGCAACUCCCGUCGUCCCCCCCGAAGCUGCCAUACCUCCAGUGGUGGCCAUUCCUCCCAAAGCAGCAGCUGCACCCGCCAUUGUGCCACCGAAGGCCGCCCCAGCGCCAGUUGUGGCGAAACCUCCAGCGGUGGCACCACCUGUUAUAGCCCCUGUGGCGGCAAAAGUACCAGCAGCUGCGCCCAAAGCCAAGAUCCCUCCCGUAGUUGCUCCGGUUGUGGCCCCUGCAAAAGCUCCUGCAGUUGCCAAGCCUCCAGCAGUUGCGAUGCCUCCAGCAGUUGCCAAGCCUCCAGUAGUUGCCAAGCCUCCAACAGUCGUGCCCCCGGUGGUGGCACCAGUUGUGCCCGGCCCAGAUCUGGCACCCGCGGCUCCUACCCCAGCAGGAGCUCUAGCGCCAUCCACUGGCGUUCCCCUGGAUGCCGCCCAGGUGAAAGCUCUGAUCGCCCUCGGCAUUCCAGCGACCGCCGAUGCGUGCUCCACGAUAGCAUUGACCACUCUGAAAUGCGAUAGCAAUGCAACAACGCGGCACAUUCUGGCUCUGAGUGCUCAAGAUUGCCCAACUAACGCAGUCAUCACCACAGCCAGCUUAUCAGUUCUUACUACGUACAUGACGGAUUUGAGCUUUAUCAACUGCAAUUUGCAGGAAGCACUGCCGGAGCCCACGGACAGAAUGGAAGCGCAAUUGGAAUCUUUCACUCUCAGGGGCGCCCCUAGUCCAAUUCCUGGGUGGUGGAUCGGGAGGCUGAAAAACCUGAAAACGGUGCAUGUGGCGGAUACUUAUGUCAAAGCGACGGGGGUGAGUGUCAUCAUUUCCGAAUUAACCCAGCUCACUGAGCUCACGAUCGCCAAUUCGUCACUCCAAGGUGGCCUUCCGACCGAGUGGCCCGCUGCAGCUACUCUCACCAGCAUAGACUUGUCAGGGAACCAGCUUACGGGUCCCAUUCCCUUAUCUAUCACAAAGAUCCCCGGGCUGACGUCCCUGGAUCUGAGCCGUAACCGCCUCAGUGACCACAUCAUCAGCGGCAUUGGCAACUUGGACAAGCUGAGAUCGCUCGACUUGAGCGUCAACCAGCUCAAACAAGGCAUUCCCAAGACAUUCAGCCAGUUGAUAAAUUUGGAGAAACUGGACCUGAGCCACAACAAGCUGAAUGGGACGAUUCCGGAAGAGCUCGGCAACCUUCCCCUCACGUACCUCGACCUCAGCAACAACUCUCUGUCCGGCUACGUUCCCUUCACCGACGACUUCUUGGCCAAGUUGGAAGUGUUCAAGUUCGCUAACAACAAGAACCUGUGUUACAACUCCACCAUCACAUCCGCCAAGGUGGCUGGCGCAUUCGGUCUUCGAUUAUGCGGUGCCCUGGCUCCCGUGGAGGCUCCUGAGUCCUACGCUCCUGCAUCGGGGCCUGAAGUCUCGGCUCUAGAUUCAGGGGACUCGCCAGCUCCGAAGAAAAAACCAAAUGUCGUGGUUAUUGUGUUCGCAACGCUGGGUUCGCUGAUUGCUGUCGCUGCUAUCGUCUACUGUUGCUGCCGAUACUGGGGCGCCAAGGCUGGUUAUGAGUGAUUUCUUCUCCAUGGCCACUGCCUGCAAUCCCAGCUUUGCCUCGAGAUCUGCAGGUGUUUCCGAAGAAUGAGAUCGAAGGUGACUGUAAAUCGUCGCACUGUUUUCCCUGGUAUCUUUCGUUACAUGAGUUGACCACCUUUCUGCCUCCGUCGUAGCCAACGCUUGCCAAAGCGAAGGACAAAAAACACUUCGAAGCUCUGAGAUAACGUAAAGCUGUAGAAGAAGAUUCGAGCAAGAGCCAGGCUUGUAGGGUUAUGAAAGCUUUGGAUUUCGCAGGUGUGAUCGUGUUUCAUAAGGAUUUUCCGAUACAACAACAACAACAACAGUAGUAGUAGUAGUAGAAGGAUGUGUUUAUUUACUCAUUUCUUGCACUGGUUUGAAGAUUAUCCUAGUAGUGCUCCAUUUUUUUAUUUACCCCAGAGGCAAUAAGACGCCUGGAUGUGAUGGUGUUGCAGAGUCAGGAUUGACCCCCAAUGGAACAAGUCCAGCUUGAAAACGUUGCUAGUGUAGAUUCUACUCUAGAUGAUUGUGAAUCGAUGCGUACACGUAGUGACAGUUUUGGUAAAUUGCUUGAUCAUAAAAUAAAAUAAAAUUAAAAAUUAAAAAAAAUAAAAUGUACAAGUUUCCUUUUUC